AUUGUGGGAUGUGUUGCAAGAAGGGCCACCUUCCUGUUCUCCGCCCUGCCUCCCUUUGCAGGGAAACGGGAGGUCUGGGCAGAAGGUGCAGCAAAGAGACUCAUCUUUCCCAAGCCCUGGAGGCACAGCUAGGAAGGAAAAUGGAGCAACAGGAGACUUCGGCACCUGUAAUGACGGUGAAGGCAGCAGAGGAAGGAAAAGGCCCUCACCUUGUCCAUGCCACCACCACUGGGGAGUUUCCGGUUGAGGGAGUUCUGGACCAAAUUAAAGAAGAACCGGAGGAAGGAGCUGAAGAGUGCUGGGAAUCACAGUGGCAGGAAUUCCUGAAGACAGUGGAGUCUCCUCACCAUGGAACAAAUGACUCAGAGCCACUUCAGUCUUGGCUGGAGGAGGAGACCAAGGCAUUUCAGACCUCCUUGAAGAGAACGGCUGAUGCCACCCCAUGCCCAGGAGGAGAAGAUGUGGCCUACACACAUCCCCAGGUAGGCCAGGAAACCUACAAAAACCAGGUCUCUUGCCCAGUGAAGGAGGAAGAGGAGGACACAGACCUGGAGAGGCAGCAUGACCAGCAGCCAUUCAGUCCACAGUGCCACCAAGGUUCCGACAGGCCACAAGAGACUUCUGGGCCUCCAGGUGAUGUGAAUUUAAAGUCCCCCAAGUUGGAGGAGGAAGAUCCAAGAGACAUUGUGAAGAUUCAGCUCCCUCUAGAAGUCAAGAAGGAGAGCGACUGGGAGGCCAGCUCACUGGAUGGUGAUGGACAAGUGCUGAAGGAUGAAGAGGAAGAAGAGACCUUUCAGGUUGAAAAACCUAGAGGAAUAGGCAUCUGUGAGAUACCACCGGAAGACACCAAAGAGACAUUUUUCUGGAGACCCAGAAUGGAAACAAAGCCAGGAAGUCCACAGGGACCAGAAUGGCAUCCAAGGAAAACUUUCAUAUAUGAGAAAGUUGACCCAAGCUUAUAUGAAACCACUUUCCAGUGUAGGAAAAAAGAAGGCACUAAGAAUGGGCAGCAAUGGCAUCAGACCAUAGAUCUCCCUGAGGGCCAUCAAAAGCAAGUGAAGGAUAAAUUAAAUAAAUACUCACACUGUGGGAAAAUCUCAAGCAGCAACGCAUCCCUUAUUCCACACAAGAGGACCCCUGCAGGAGGGAAAAUGUACAUCUGCUCUGAAUGUGGGAAAAGUUUUGGCUGGAGCACAAAUCUCAUUAAGCAUAAGAGAAUCCACACUGGGGAGAAGCCAUAUGAAUGUUCAAACUGCGGAAAAAGCUUCAAUGCCAAGUCCACCCUAAUUAAACACGAGAGGUCCCACACGGGAGAGAAACCGUACGAGUGCACAGAGUGUGGGAAAGCCUUUGGAGAAAGGGGGAUCCUGGUUAAGCACAUGAGGAUCCAUACGGGUGAAAAGCCACAUAAAUGCUCAGAGUGUGGCAAGAGGUUCAUUGAAAGAGGUGCCCUUAUUAAACACGAGAGAACCCACACGGGAGAGAAGCCGUACACAUGUUCCGACUGUGGGAAAACAUUCAGGAUUAGUUGUCACCUGAAGCUCCAUAAAAGGACUCACACUGGUGAGAAGCCCCACCAAUGUUUAGAUUGUGGGAAAAGCUUCAGUGAGAAAGCCUCUCUUGUUAAACACGAGAGAACCCACACAGGCGAGAAGCCUUAUGAAUGUUCCGAGUGUGGGAAAAGCUUCCGGAUCAGUUUUCAGCUGGUGAUUCACAAAAGGACGCACACGGGAGAAAAACCGCACGAGUGCUCUGAAUGUGGCAGCAGCUUCAGAGAGACUGCCUCUCUUAUUAAACACAAGAGAACACACACGGGAGAGAAACCCUAUGAAUGCACUGAAUGUGGGAAGAGCUUCCGGACUAGCUUUCAGCUGAAGACACAUAGGCGGACUCAUACGGGAGAGAAACCGUAUCAAUGCUUGGACUGCGGGCAGAACUUUAGCCAGAGAUCCCGCCUCGUGAUACACGAGAGGACCCACACCGGAGAGAGACCAUACGGCUGCUCCGAGUGUGGGAAGACCUUUGUCUCUAGCUCUCAUUUAAGGAAACACAGUGUUGUGCACACGGGGGAGAAGCCACAUAAAUGCUCCUACUGUGAGAAAUGCUUUAGUAAGAAAUCUAACUGUGUUGUUCAUGAGAGGAUCCACACUGGAGAGAAACCAUAUGAAUGCUUGGUAUGUGAGAAAAGAUUUUGUAAUUCCUCUGUUUUUUAUAGACACAUGAAAAUUCAUCCAGGAGAGAGGUCCUAAUAGUAUCUACUAUUGCUUCUGUUUCCUAAGCGUGGUAACCUAAAACAGUGGUUCCCAACCUUUGGUCCUCCAUUUGUUCUGGACUUCAGCUGCCAGAACCCCCAGCCAACAUGGCCAACAGUCAAGAAUUAUGGGAGCUGAAGUCCAAAUCCUCUGGAAGACCAAAAAUUGGGAACCAAUGACCUACAUGAUAGUUAAAAGUGUGGGAGUACUGUCCCUAGAAGGGAGUGUGAAAAAAGAAUGGCAUCAACAAGCUUGCCAGGCUUCCACAAGCAGGGGUUUGCCUUUAACCAUGCUUUCAUGGGAUAAUAGGAGUUGCAGUAUAACACAUUUGAGAAGGAUUGGUAAUAUAUAUGGAUAUUUAUUUAAAAUAUUAUAUAGGGUGUAGCCAUAGGUCCAUGGCAGAACAUCUACUUCUCCUGCCAAAGAUCCCAGGUUGAAUCCUCGGUUUUUAAGGUUGGGAAAGACUGACAUCAAUGACUCUCAGAGCUUAGCAUAGACCAAACUGACCUGGGUUAAUCAGUGGUUUGACUUUAUGAGACAGUAUCCUAUGUACAUGAUACCAUUUUUUCCUUCUAUACAACCAACAGUUUUGAUUUCAAGAACUCUCCUAACCAGCCAAUGACCAUUUUCCCCCCAAGGCUCAGUGAGUGCUGUUGCUCACAGUACAGCACAUUUAGUUUUGGAAUGCCUUUGUCUCCUUUAUAAAUGCUUUAAAUAAAUAAAGCAAGCAAGCUGAAAAUGGAAGAGGACAACAUUUGGGAGUUCCAUAGCAGUGGUCUCCAAAUUUUACUCAUUACAGUUUUUGUUUUUUAAAAAAACCUCUUUUGCAGAGGUCCAUCUAAGGCAGGGGUAAGAAUCAUAUAGCCCUCCAGAUGCUGAACCCAGAAAUCCUACUAACAUUAGUUAAUGGAUCUUAAUAAAAAUCAUAUUUCAAAAACAACAUUAUUUAAUGUUGCAGAUUGCUGGGAGUUGCAGUUGAACAAUGUCAGGUGGGUGUUGUAAUUUACCAUCAAGUCAUCUUCAGCUUCAGCCCUACAAAGGAGAGACCUUCAUGUGUCCUGGUCACCAGUGGGCCCACUCAGGUCUUGCAAACUCAGGACCAUGUAUGCCCCUCCCAUAAUCUUGGGGACAGCCUAUUUUAUAUUUUUAACAUCUGAAUCUAUUACUUGUAAUCUCCUAGAUCAGUGAUUCUUAAUCUGUGGUCUGUGGACCCCAAGGGGGCUAUGAUGAUCACAUAGGGAGUCUACAAAGGUUUGAAGGCUGCUGAGUCCUACUUCUCCCCACAGCAGAGUGGCCACGACAGGAGCCAAGGAAAUGGCUGGCUGGCUGGCUCUGCGCAUUGUCGUUCAAUCCGCUCCAGCUGCAAACUAGUGGAAAGAAGUGGAAGAAAAAUCCUCUCUCCUCCUCCAGCACCUCUGUUUAAUGGACGAUGUAAUUGUUAGUGGUUCAGUGUACAGGUAUUAUUGUUGUUGUUAUUUGGUUUUUAAAUCUCGAGUUAAAUCUUGGGGAACCGCAGCAACUAAAGUUAUUUAAAGGGGGGGUCCCUGGUAAAGAAAGGGUUAAGAACCACUGUCCUAGAUUUUUUUUCCUGUUCUGAUUUUUGUAAGGAGUGUGUGUGCUGGUGGCACAGUGUAGAAUUGGGAACAUAUUCAGAAAUUGUUACAGCAUGGAAAAGUUCAGUGGAAACUCAAAAAUGGUAUCGCGUACAGACACACCUCCGUUAAUAAAGGCACUGGUGCCAAAGCUUCUUUUUACAAGGUUUUUUUUAAUGCCCACCCAGACUCCUUUUCCUCCUUGUCCUCUGUCUAAGUGGACCUUUUAAAGCAUCAUCCGCACUGGAUGGUGGUGAAGGAGCUCUGAAGAAAUACAGACUUUCCCUUUGAGGUUACAAUAGCAAUUAUUAAAUACAGUUUGAGCUGUGACAAAAUGGGAUUCUACUGUAGCUGAUCCGAUUGUAAUUUUCUGUGCCUGCUGCAGUGGGCAAGUUAAAAACCAGCUGCCUCCAGAAUCCCUUAUAGCGCAUACAUGGACAGCAAAAUCAGAGAGAAGAGGGGAAAGCUACAUCCAACAUGUUUUUUUAAAAAAAACAUACAAUAGCUCUAUAGGUUUGGUCACUAAAAUGGAAAUCCAAAGAAAAGUCGUGGGUGGUGGUGGAGAAAAUUCAUUUCCAAAUGCAUUCUGUAAGAAGCCUUCAAGUGGUCUCUAGAAGGCUCUAAAAUGUUUUUGCUUACUUACGGAAGACUUACCUGACUUGGUGGUUUCAUUUAACACAUGGAUAUUUGCUGUUAAAGAAGUAAUGUCCAUGAACACAUUUAUAUUAUUUGCGGUUUACCUUUAUCUGGAAAAAGUAUACCAUAGUCUGAAAUUGUGCCAUUUAUUUUGCCAUCUCUUGCAAUACAAUGUAGAUCCAACUCCUCCAACACUACUGCAUGUUUCCCCAGCUAUGAGUCCCUGUGAUUUUACCCCAACGUUUCUGCAGAUGCUGUACAAAGGAUUAACUCCUGUAUACUUCUUGCAAAUAAAGGUUAGAACUUCUUAUGGUGACGUGCUACUUUUUUACUUGCAAGGUUUUUGACAGAAGCAAAGCCAGCAAUGGAAUUCAAUUCAUUUAAAAAUAUUAACAUGAAAAAGGUCGAACACAGAUUAUAUUAUCAUGAUCUCAAAAUGUAAAGUGAAACCAUCUGCAAUUGUUUGUUCUAUUGGAUUAAUCUUUCCCAAUCAUAACCAUAGGUCGAUGGAAUAUUAUUUCUUUCCUCAUUAAUUUGAUUCACAUAAGAAAUAAAUGGGAACCAUGUUACCUCAAAGGUAUUACUGUCGUCCUGUUCUUUUGCUCGUCUAAUUUGCCAGAUUU